AUGGCGUCGAUUUCUCUUUUAUUUCGUGGUAUUAGUAGCCCUAUAUGGGGUGUUAUUUCUGAUCGGUAUGGUCGAAACUUGACAAUUCGAACUGGUUUAGGAUUAUUUAUUAUAUUUUCGAUUGUUUGUGGUUGUGCACCAAACAUAACAGUUUUACUUAUAUUCCGUGCAUUACAAAGCAUUGCGGCAUCUGUCACAAUGGUUGUUGGACAAAGUGUAAUAGCCGAUAUUUAUCCUCCUGAUAAACGUGGGUGGGCUACAGGUAUUUUUCUUGUACCAGCUUUAUUCGGAGUCGUGUUGGGACCCAUAACUGGUGGUGUACUGUCUUAUUUCUGCGGUUGGAGAAGUACGUUUGUUUUCUUAGCUAUACUUUCAACUUUUAUACUAGUAGUUUAUAUGUUAAUUAUUCCGGAAACCCAUCAGUAUAAAGUUCUUGUAAAACAUUUAGAAAAGAAAAUAAUUGAAAGUAAAGAUAUUUCAGAGCCGAAACUUAAUAAACCAUGGUUACCAUUAAUAUAUUUAACUGAUUUAACAAUUUUACCGUAUAUGGUAUGCACAACCGUAUUGCUUGCGUGCAUGAUUAUUAACGAAACUUUGUUAGCAAUUUUAUUAGCCAAAAGACCUUAUUUCUUUAAUGAACUAAAAAUUGGUAUUUCUCUUAUUCCCACUAGCGUAGCUACGGUUAUUGGGAGCCUUCUUGGGGGAGCAUUAUAUGACAAAGCAAAUCAUUACUAUACAAACAAUGUACCGGAAGGUCGACUAGUACCAGGAAUUAUAAGUCUUGUUUUGAUUCCAUUUGGACUAGUAAUUUUUGGCUGGGGAUUGUAUUUUAGAUUAAGCGUUAUUGUGCCAGUUUUAGGUUCCACUUUAGUAGCAUUCGGACAAACCGUAUUUCGUCCAGCAGUUUAUUCAUAUUUAACUGUGAUAAGGCAACAGCAUGCAGGAACUAUUACCGCUGCGAAUUAUUUUUUAAAUUAUUUUAUUACAGGGAUAUCUCUGUCAGUGGCAGUAUCCAUUUAUCAGGCAAUUGGUAUAGGCGUGUUCUUUACAAUUCUAUCUGGUAUUAGUAUCACCGCCAUUAUACCAGUUUGUGUAUCGACAAUUACGAGAAUAACAUCAUAUAACAAAAACUAUCAGCCAAUAUGA